CAUUGUUCGGUGCCGGCAAGCGAUGCUACUAGAACUCUAGAAGAGUCAGACUGUCAGUGUAGUCGGCGUGCUUGUUUAGCUGAGGUUCUAAGUCAAGUUUUACUCGUUCAUCAUGUCUGGUGCCCUGAAGCGUUUCCUGCCCCUUUUUGACCGGGUGUUGGUGCAGCGAGCAACCCCCAUAACCAAGACCAAGGCUGGCAUCCUCAUCCCCGAGGCCAGUCAGAAGAAAGAGCUCACUGCAACUGUAGUGGCUGUUGGCCCCGGGGCCAGAACUGAGACUGGAGGGACUGUGGCGCCUGCAGUGCAGGUUGGCGACGAGGUCUUCCUCCCGGAGUUUGGCGGCACCAAAAUCAUGCUCGAGGAUAAGGAAUAUUUCCUCUACCGCGACAGUGACUUCCUCGCUAAGUUCAAGCCUGAGUAACGUCUACCGUAUAGUUCACUUCCGGUGUUACGAUCGCCCAAUGUUAGAGUUGCUGCUGCCGUCAUAUAUUGUUAACGUUGCUGCAAAGGCAAACAUGAUUUUGCUGUCACGUUUGGGAAGCACCGAUUGCUUGCUGCUUCCAUAAUCGUGACGGCAUCGACGAUUGUGCUCGGCACGAUACGAUGAGCUUGUUUGGUGGACUGUGAUGCGCUGCUGAACGUAACGGUGCCUGGCAGAUGCUGGCCGUGACUCCCAUCAUUGCAACAAUGUGAUGCUCUGCUAAAUGGGCUUAUAAUUAAGAUUUUGUGUCAAGUGUUGCUACAUAGAUCAUCCAUCUUAGGUUUAGUCUAAAUCUUUUUGUUCAAUUGGAGAGUUCCAUCGAGAAGAGGAGGUAGCGUACGCGGUGAGUGGAGUGCAGCUGCUACCAUUACUUGCCUCCUGAUCUUAUUGUACUUACGACAAUGCAUUUAAUUUCUGUGCGCUUAUUAAAGUGCUGAAAGUCUUCUGUCUUCAGAUGCCCGGUCUGUUGAUCAAUAUGUCCGCUGUUGCUAGAGACUCUUAGAUAAUUUGUCUUGUGGUGUACUCCAUUGGUCGCUGUACGUCAACAUGAAUGCUCAUUGCAUGCUGUGCUCGCAAGAUCAGUUCAGGACCCAGCAGCAACUGGCAGUUUGAGUUGACAAUUCCCAGUGAUGACAAGCAGCUGCUCUCCUGCAGUGAUGGGUCACUUGGACUCACCCGACACCGCUUUUUCGGUCUCGCCGCGCCUCUAUGUUCAUAUGUAAAGAUCUUAGGCUAAUAAAGAUUUUUGAGUAAUUUU